AGCUAGAACCUGUCCAGCAGCCCUUCGGUAUCUGGGUUCCAUCUGGUCCCGUCCCGGUGUCCCCGAGCAUGCCGGGGCCCCGUGUGCUGGCCGCGAUAUGCGGCGCACUGCUCUGCGCCUCCGGCCUCCUGGCCCAAACCGAGAUCUUCUGUGACUCCAGCCGGUGCAUGAAUGGUGGGACCUGCCUGAAGGACCGUGGUGAUUCAUUCCACUGCAUCUGUCCGGAAGGAUUCACGGGCCGCCUCUGCAAUGAAACUGACAAAGGUCCCUGUUCCCCGAACCCCUGUCACCACGAUGGCCAGUGCCAGGUGGCCAAAGACCAGCUCCGAGGGGACGUCUUCAUCUCGUACUUCUGCCAGUGCCCACGGGGCUAUACAGGCAUUCACUGCGAGACCCCGGAGUCCUUGAACUCGCAAGGGGGCGCCCUGGCCGCCCAGCCUUCUGCAGACUGCAGUAUGCCCCUGGGCAUGGAGGGCGGCGCCAUCGGUGACUGGCAGCUCUCCGCCUCCUCUGUGCAUUUGGGCUUCCUGGGCCUGCAGCGCUGGGGCCCGGAGCUGGCCCGCCUGCGGCGCACCGGACUGGUCAAUGCCUGGACGGCCAGCAACUACGACCAGAAGCCCUGGAUCCAGGUGAAUCUGCUUCGGAAGAUGCGGGUGACCGGUGUAGUGACGCAAGGUGCCAGCCGCGCUGGGACUCACGAGUAUCUGAAGACCUUCAAGGUGGCCUACAGCCUCGAUGGGCGCAAGUUCCAGUUCAUCCAGGACGAAGAGGGGUCUGGAGACAAGGAGUUUGAGGGCAACAUGGACAAUAACAGCCUGAAGAUCAACAUGUUCAAGACCCCUCUGGAGACGCAGUAUGUGCGGCUAUUCCCCGUGGACUGCCGCCGCGGUUGCACCCUCCGCUUUGAGCUUCUGGGCUGCGAGUUGAAUGUUUGCUCAGGACACCUGGGCCUGAAAGACGGCAGCAUCCCCGACCGGCAGAUCACAGCCUCCAGCAGCUACAAGACACUGGGCCUGCGUGCCUUCGGCUGGUACCCCUUCUACGGGCGGCUGGACCGGCAGGGCAAGUUCAACGCCUGGGCUGCCCAGGGCAACGACGCCGAUGAGUGGCUGCAGGUUGACCUGGGCUCCCAGAGGCAGGUGACGGGCAUUAUCACCCAGGGGGCCCGCGACUUCGGCUACAUCCAGUACGUGGCUGCCUACAAAGUGGCCUACAGUGACAACGGCAAGACCUGGACCGAGUACAGGGAGGCCGGGGCCACCGAGAGCAAGAUCUUCCUGGGCAACUCGGACAACUAUUCCCACAAGAAGAACAUGUUUGAGAAGCCCUUCAUGGCCCGCUACGUGCGGGUGCUGCCCGUGUCCUGGCAUAACCGAAUCACCCUGCGCCUGGAGCUGCUGGGCUGUUAGCAGCUGCUGUACCUGACUUGUUUGUUGAGAUGGGGUCUCGCUAACUACGUCUCUCCCAGCCCUGCUGCAUGGUGUGACCUGCUGCCUUCCCAGACCUCCUGUGACUCCAGGGGCUGGGGUGAGGAGAGGGGGGUCCUUGCCUCUCUCUUUCUCUCCCUCCCUCUCUCCAUCUCUUGUCCUUCAGCCUCGACAAAUCCCUGUACCAACCAACCCAUCCCCCCCAUACCAUCCAAAUUUCUCAGGAACCCAGGAACAUGGCGGGCCUGGAAUGGACCUCCAGCUCCCUGGGUUGGCUCUAGAGGGGCCUCUGGUCUCCCCUGGGGUUCUCUGCAUACCACAUUCCACAUCUUGGGUGGCUGGCUGGGCCCCAGGACAGCCAUGCAUGCCCCAUGCCCUCGUCUCCCCAAGACCACGUGCCCCUCGCCCCCAGGCUGGGGGGUGGUCUAUGGGAGAUGAAGGAAACCGCUUCUGGAUGGGGGGCUGGGGUCCUUGCACUCCAGAGGCCACGGACUCUUUCAGAAAUACAGUUCUGUUCUCCCUCGGA